UGCGUUGGAUUAAGUUGUGUAUUUUAUAUUAUUAAUGCCACACCUUACCCUAAGCUAAAAGAAAAAUAUUAACAGAUAAAGUUAAGUGAUUUUUAAUAGUUCAAUAAGAACUGCAAACAGUUUACAUAAAGAUAACGAAAAAUUUACAAAAUAGGUAUCAAUAUAAAUUACUUGUGUGUUGGCUUUUCUUUAAUAAUGACUUCUCCAGUGUUAAUAUUCAUUCUAGUGCAUUUAAGUACUAAUGUGGCUACGAGUAUUAAUUACAAUCGAUUCCCAUCUGAUUUCCUAUGGGGAGCUUCUACUUCAGCCUUUCAAUUCGAGGGAGCUUGGAAUGAAGAUGGGAAAGCGCCAAGCGUAUGGGACUACUUUUUGCACAAUCAACCUUAUUUUGUUCCUGAUGGAAGUAAUGCAGAUGUCUCGGCUAAUGCUUACCAUAUGGUAGAAACCGACGUUGAGCUUGCUAAAUCUUUAAACCUGAAAGUAUUUAGGACAUCUGUAGCUUGGACAAGGAUACUACCACAAGGCAAUGAAGGCAAACCAAACCAAAUAGCUAUAGAUCAUUACAAGAACUUAUUUAGAUUAUUGAAAGAAAAUGACAUCGAGCCUCUAGUAACCAUGUCCCAUUUUGAUCUUCCUCAAAAACUAUCACUGUAUGGAGGAUUCUUGAAUGAAUCCCUCGUUGAAUGGUUCACCAACUAUGCACGAAUAUGCUUUGAUAAUUUUGGUGACGAUGUCAAACAAUGGGCUACGUUUAAUGAACCUUAUGUAUGGUGUGUUGGUGCCUAUGACGUGGGUUAUUUCGCUCAUUCAGAAACAAGACCUGGAUUUUGGGGAUAUACAUGUGGACAUAAUCUAUUAAAAGCUCACGCUGCAGUAUGGCAUAUGUACGAUAAAGAAUUUAGACCCACGCAGAAAGGAACUGUUUCACUAACAAUUGCGGGGGAUUGGCAUAUACCGAAAACGUCCUCUAUUGAGGACAAAGAAGCAGCCGAGAGACAAUUACAGUUUAAAGUUGGGUGGUUCGUUCACCCACUCUACCACGGAAACUAUCCCAGUGCCAUGAUAGAAACUAUCAAAAAUAUUAGCAUUAACGAAGAAGGAAGAAAUUCCUCUAGAUUGCCUGAAUUUACGGAAGAAGAAAUUGAAUACAUCAAAGGCACCAAUGAUGUUUUCUAUUUAAAUACUUAUCAUGUUUAUCAUGUUAGUAAUGUGAUAAAAAAAUUAUCUCCAAGUUUUGACAAUGAUAUUAGAGGAACGAUUGAAGAAAUCCCCGAUGGAGCUGCUUGGGGAAUAAGAUCAUUUAUAUCAUGGAUUAGAAAAAAUUGUAACAAUGUUCCUAUAUUUAUCACUGAAAAUGGUAAAGGUUCUACUGAUUAUGUAGGCUUACAAGAUGAUUACCGAAUAGAUUUCAUGCAGAAAAUGUUUAGUUCUAUUAGAGAUUCUAUGGAAAUUGAUAAUGCGACUAUUCUUGGGUACACGUUUUGGUCCCUUUAUGAUGGUUUCGAAGUACAAUAUGGAUAUAGAAAGAAAAUGGGAUUGGCUUAUAUUGACUUUAACUCGAAUAAUAAGACAAGAAUUCCUAGAAAAUCUGCUUAUUAUUAUUCUAACGUUAGUCGAACUGGUUGCAUAAGUAAUAGUAGAUGUGUCUAUGUUUCUUCUUGCGAUGGUUAUACUUUCCCGAUGUCGUCGAUUAUGACGGCAAUCACCGUCCACCUCUUGGCAAUUUUGACUUUAUGUCGAUCCUAAUAAAGAAUAUUAAAUUGA